UAAUUUCCCUUAACCCACUCGCCGUGGCGGGAAAACCCUAAAAGUAGAAUCCAGUCGAAACGACAUCAACCGAACCGCGUUUUGACCAGAAGGUCCAACACUACACAGUAAUUUAGCGUGCGCCAUCAAAAGAUUUAACGGGUCAAGUGAAGUGCGCGCGAGAAAGAACGGAAAGAAAAUGGAAAACGGUACGACGAUCGCCGCGGUGCCGAGAGUGGCUGUGGUGGUGUUUCUGUUGAGAGGGAAAGCGGUGCUGUUGGGACGGCGGCGAUCCUCUGUGGGCGAUUCCACCUUUGCCCUCCCUGGUGGCCACCUCGAGUUCGGAGAGAGCUUUGAGGAGUGUGCGGCGAGAGAAUUGAAGGAAGAAACUGGUAUGGACUUUGACAAGAAGAAGAUGGAGUUGCUGACGGUCACAAACAAUGUGUUCUCAGAGCAGCCGAAGCCGUCUCAUUACGUGACGGUUUUCAUGCGUGGAGUUUUGGCAGAUGGCGAUGAUCAAUUGCCCCAAAAUCUUGAGCCCACCAAGUGUGACGGUUGGGAUUGGUACGAUUGGGCCAACCUCCCCGAACCCCUCUUUUGGCCUUUGGAGAAGAUGGUGAAGAGUGGCUUUAACCCUUUUCCCAAUUCACCACAAGAAGAAGAAUAAUAGUCUAUAUAUGCACGUAUGUAUAAUGUAUGUGUGUGUUAGGUCAGGCCUUUCUCUGAAAGCAUCCUUUUUAAGUGCAGUGGAGUUCAGGUUGGAAUUUGAGAUCAUUUAUUUACAAGUCAAGAUUCUUAUGUUAUCUAUUUUCGUGAAAUUCAAUUUCUAAUAUGAGAUAACUUAUUUGCAAGUCAA